GUACAUUUCCUCGCUAUAGAAAUAACAUGAAAUCUGAUCACAAAUAAUUUGUACAUUUAUAGCAUGAAUAAUAUUUCACAGACAGAAUUUGUCAAUAAUAGUAAUAAUUACACAUGUAUUGAUUAUGAGUGGUUAGAAGUAUUCCGUCAAAAUUAUCUACGCAUCCACGUCUACCUGUGUUUAAUUUUAUGUCCAGUUGGUGUUAUCGCUAAUACACUGAAUGUGGUUGUUUUGUGUCAACCGCGUCUACGUAGUCCUACAAAUUUAUUACUAACUAUAUUAGCAGUCAGUGAUGGUUUUGUAAUGUUUUUAUAUGUUAUAUUUGCUUAUUUUUACUUAAAGACACAAAUAGUAACAGAUGGUAUGAGUAAAGGAUAUGCACAGGUAUUAUUGGUUAACCUUGUAUUACAACAUUUAUUUCAUGCAUUCUCUGCAUGGAUUAUUGUCGCUGUGGCUAUAUUUCGUUUGAUUUAUAUCAAAGCUGGUGUACGUGCUGCUAUUUACUGUAAUACGGUUAGAGCAUGGAUAGCUGUCUUGUCGGUAUCUAUCAGUUCUGUCCUACUCACAAUACCAUUUAUGAUUGCUCAUCAAGUACGCGCGAAAUCAGGUGAUAGACCCACAGUACCAAUAAAUUCAGUGAAUAAAACUAAGGAUUAUACACUAAACAAUCAUUUGGAAUCUGUAGAGCUUUAUGAAGUUGAUUAUACUACAAAUGAAAGUCUAAGUUUUAUAUUAUUCUGGAACUCAGCUAUUCUGGUUAAAGCAUUGCCAAUAUUAAUUAUGACAACAGUCAGUGCAGCUUUGAUUUCCUCUAUACGUGAAUCUGAAAAACGCUAUCGUAUAUUACGAAGAUAUCGUAAUUGUAAAGAAUUUCAGGCAACUUUAGAGACGACACGCGUUGAAAGCUUCAUAAACAAUGCCAAUGACAAUGCUAAUUCAACAAAUCGUCAUAGACCUAAGUCAAAUUCACAUCAUGAAUCUUAUGCUGGUGGUCGAAGUGCUAAUCAAACAACAUACAUGCUACUUACUAUUAUAAUUUUAUAUAUUGUUACAUAUCUACCACAGUCUGCUUUACUGUUACUGAACAAUUUCCAAGGUGACUGCUUCCGUAGAAAUGUAUACGACGCGCUGGGUGAAUUUCUGGACUUUUUAACAUUGGUUAACAACGGCUUGAAUUUCAUCUUGUACUGUGUAAUGUCCCGACAAUUUAGAUAUACAUUUCUACAGUUAUUUUGUCCAUUUCUGAAUCUUUAACAUAUAAAUAUACAUGUAAAAAUUGUUAUGAUGCAAAAUAGUAUAUUUGUACAGAAAAAAAAUAUGUAAAAUAUUGUCAUAAUCA